UUGGAGCAAGCGAGACAAGCAUAGCCAGCGCUACAUGCGUCGAAGGAAUGGUCACCGACAAAGAACUCUCUAAAGCACCAUAAACGACCUCGAGGGAUGAUGGCAUAGAUGUAUUCGACACAGGAAAGAAUCUGGUGAAUAAUGGCGGCUGAAGUCAUCGGAGGCAGUGAGUUCCCCGCUCACUACAAAGUCAUGAUGGACAAACUGAAUGAACAGCGACAGUUGGAUCAGUUCACAGAUAUCACUUUGAUUGUAGAUGGGCACCAGUUUCGAGCACAUAAGGCGGUGUUGGCAGCCUGCAGUCAAUUUUUUCACAAAUUUUUCCAGGAUUUUACCCAGGAACCGCUGGUGGAGAUCGAAGGAGUGAGUAACAUGGCGUUCAGGCAACUGAUGGAGUUCACGUACACGGCCACGUUAGCCGUGGCGGGUAAAGAAGAAGCCUUUGACGUCUGGAAGGCUGCCGAAUACCUCCAGAUGCAGGAAGCCAUCAAGGCACUCGCCAACAAGAUAAAUGAGCCUUCUUCAGUCCUGCCAAAAAGCACCAACAAAAAGAGGAAGAUCGCGGAGACGUCUUGUGUCAUCACAGAAGUCCUACCCACAGUGGAAGGGGAACCGGUGGAGAUAGAGAUGCUAGCAGAUGGUGCCAUCGAGGUGGAGGACCCGGGGCUGGAGGAGAUGGUGGACGCCGCAAAGAAUGCCCAAUCAAACGACUCCGCGUUGGCUCUGCUUGCAGACAUCACCAGCAAGUAUCAGCAGGGGGAACCUUCACUCGAGGUCAUCAAGAAGGAAGACAUAGAAGAGGAAGUCCUCUAUCAGGAAGAAACGGUGACAGCCUCCAAGGUACUGGAGAACGUGGAGGUGGUGGAGGUCCAAAUUUCUCAAGUGGACAACGCGUUCCAGUGUAGCAAGUGCAACCGAAUCUUCAAGUUGUACUACCACCUCAAGCAGCACAUGAAAACGCACCUCGGUCUGCCGAAGAAGCCGCACGUGUGCAGCCACUGCGGCAAAGCGUACACGCGGGAGGGCGCCUUGAAUCAGCACUUGACCUCCUUCCAUUUUGAUGCAGAGGAGCAGGCUCAGAACCAGAAAGCCCCAAAGAGAGUUCACGUUUGCGAGCACUGUAAGAAGCACUUCGACCACUUUGGACACUUUAAGGAGCACCUACGAAAGCAUACCGGUGAAAAACCAUACGAAUGUCCUGACUGCCAUGAACGUUUUGCGAGGAACAGCACGCUGAAGUGCCAUAUGGCGGCCUGUCAAAACGGGGCUGGAGCCAAGAAAGGACGCAAGAAACUCUAUGAAUGCCAGGAAUGCAGCAGUGUGUUCAACAGCUGGGACCAGUUCAAAGAUCAUCUCGUGAGCCACACAGGAGACAAGCCCAACCACUGCACCAUGUGUGACUUGUGGUUCACUGACCCCCAAGAGCUUAAGGCGCACCUCAAAGAUGUUCACUCCAUAGAGGAUGAAAAGUCAAUGGAAGAACUGGCCAUCACUGACGCCACAGCUACGGCAGCGCUCACCAUCACCACACAGACCAUCGGGGCCACAGAAACUGUGCUGCUGGAAGAUGGCAUCCAGGUAGAGAACAUCACGGUGAACCCAAUCGAGGUCAUGGAAAUGGAGGAGACGACCACGGUCGUGGUGGAGGAUGGAGGCGUGGCCGAGAUGUGCGAGGAGGAUGUGGAGAGACUGAAGCAGGCCGGCGUGCAGAUCCAGAUGGUGCGCGUGGCCUCCAGCGACAUGGACGAGCAGCAGGUGGCCCACCCUCAGGUGGAAGUUGAGUUGGAGGAAGAGAUGAUGAACAUGGAGGAAACCAUACAAGCAGUGGUCGUAUGAAAGCACGAGCUGAACAAUGCAUGAAGGAUGAUAAACACCAAAUUCCAGUUUUUUCGCGGUCAUGUUCUCACCCCCUGAACUCUGACAAAUGGACAAUGUUGUUGAAUUUAUUUCAAAGUUGGCAUCUUAUCGCAAUUGAAGCUAUGAGCGAUUUUAAUUUUUUGUUUUUUUUCUUUGUUCACCUGGUAAAACGAUUUUGCUUUACACCUUCUAUUCCUCAGUGGCCAUGCUGCAGUUUUGUUCAAGCUAUAACAAAUAUUUUUUUUGUAGAAAUAAACUGUGGUAUACUCG